AAAUUGUGCAAAGAGUGAAAUGUGAUUAGUUUGUUGUUCAGUGCGGUCGUUGCCCAUCUAACCGGUCUUGGACGCUUGCUGAAUAAAAGAGACACAAACACCCAUUACCGACUUAUUCCCUCGAAACCACGACGAAAACGAUGGAUUUGGUCUUGGUUUUGGUUUUGGGGCUUUUGGUGCAUGCUGGAGGUGCAACUGAUCCAGAAAUUGAAGAUGAAGAGUUGCGAGCUAGGGAUUUUCUUCAAUUUUUGAACAAGAAGAAUGAAGAAAGCAGUAAUCGGCUUGUGCUGGCAGAAUGGGCCUAUGCUUCAAACAUCACGGAGCAAAAUCUCCAAAAUAAGCUAGCUGUGAGCGCCGAAGUGGCCAAAGAACACAAAAAAGACUGGGAAGAAGUCACCAAAUUCAACUGGAACACCUUCUCAGACCCAGACCUCAAACGCCAAUUUAAGAAAUACUCAAAACUGGGCUCGGACGCACUCCCGGAGGCCAAACUCAACCGCUACCAGAAAAUCAUCAGCGAGAUGGAAAAAAUCUACUCAACUGCGAAAAUCUGCGACUUUCACAACUCCUCAAAGUGCGAUCUUUCGCUCGAACCGCACUUGACUCAAAUUUUGGCGACUUCGCGCAAUGAGGAGGAGUUGAGGCACGUUUGGGUUGAGUGGAGGAACGCUGUGGGGCCGCACUGUAAGGUGCUUUUUGAGGAGUAUGUCGAUUUGGCCAAUGAGGCGGCAAGGCUUAAUAAUUUUACGAAUAAUGCGGAGAAUUGGUUGGAUAAUUACGAGGAUGCGCAGUUUAGAGGACAGAUUGAGGGGCUGUGGGAGCAGCUGAAGCCGCUCUAUUUGCAAAUACACGCCUAUGUGAGGUUCAAGUUGAGGGAGAAGUAUGGCGAAGUUGUGUCGGAGAAAGGGCCAAUUCCGGCGCAUCUCUUAGGCAACAUGUGGGCUCAAAAAUGGAGAACUGUAUCCGAAUUCACCCUUCCUUACCCUGACAAAAAAGAUGAAGAUAUUACAUCCGAACUAAAAAAACAGAACUACACCGCCGUAAAAAUCUUCCAAACCGCUGAAGACUUCUUCAAAUCAAUUAACUUAACCGAAAUGCCUGAAACUUUCUGGGAGAGAUCAAUUCUAACCAAACCAAACGACCGCGAAAUCGUCUGUCAUGCCUCAGCUUGGGACUUCUACGACCGCAAAGACUUCAGGAUCAAACAGUGCACCCAAAUCACCCUGGAACACUUCAUCACAGCCCACCACGAAAUGGGACACGUUGAAUACUUCAUCCAGUACAAAAACCAACCCAUUCCCUUCAGAGAGGGUGCUAACAGCGGAUUUCAUGAAGCCGUGGGCGAUUUGAUCGCACUUUCAGUCGAAUCGCGCAAACAUUUGCGCAAACUUGGACUCCUGAAGAGCGAAAAGGACGAUCCUGAAAACGUGUUAAAUAACCUAUUUCAGAUCGGACUUGAUAAAAUUGUCUUCCUUCCUUUUGGUUAUUUGAUGGAUUUGUGGAGAUGGGACGUUUUCGAGGGGAAAAUCACCCCAGAUGAGUACAAUUGCAAGUGGUGGGAGCUGAGGGAGAAGUACCAAGGGGUGGAACCGCCCCUUAAUCGCUCAGAGGGUGACUUUGACCCAGCUGCCAAGUACCACAUCGUUGCCAGCGUGCCCUAUAUUAGAUAUUUUGUAAGCUUUGUGGUCCAGUUCCAGUUCCAUAAGGCCCUUUGUGAAAAAGCGGGUCAAUAUGACCCCAAUGACCCCUCGAAGCCCUUGCACGAGUGUGAUAUUUAUCAAAGUACUGAAGCUGGAAAUGCCCUCAAAAAAAUGCUUCAGUUAGGUUCGUCCAAGCCAUGGCACGAGGCGAUGGAACUUUUGACAGGUCAUAAAACAAUGGACGCUAGCGCCAUCUUGGAAUAUUUUAAGCCGUUGCAGAAAUGGUUGGAAAAUGAAAAUCAGAAAAAUGGAGCUUUUAUUGGAUGGGAAAAGUCUACGAAAGUUUGUGUCAAUAGUCAAAAAGGGGAAAAACCGAAGUCGAAAUGAAGUUAUUUGAGCUUGGACUUGCAGAUUUUUUAGAUGUAAACAUAUUAAAAUAAAAUUGUAAAACUUAACAACUUUGUUUCAAUAAAAUUGGAUUUUCUCGUAA